AUGGAGACUGUGAACCCGCUCCUUUUUGUCAACCCGCCGUUAUCGCCCAACUGCCUCAACCCGCUAUACCAAUUCCAACCACAACUGGGAGGAGAACUCACUGGAGAACUAUCUCCUUACUUUGCAGGAAACCGCAUCUUCCUACGUCUACACCGGAAUGUAGGCAAAAGCCGGACAGUGGUAUGCAGGAUUAUUCACGUCUUCGAACCAUUCGAUACUGCGUGUGUGGUAGCCAUCAGUAUUGAGCGACCGCCCUUAGGGCUGGAAGGCAUGCUAGUUGUCAAGAUGUUUGAUCGACGCUUUGCAACUUCCCAAAGGCUAAAGCAUGGGUGUGCAUAUUGGUCUCGUGAUAUUGAGGUGAAAUUCCGGGAGUUCAUCCGGGGCAGAGAAUCAGGUAGCUUCUUGGCGAACCUGAGCACCAAAGUACCGAGUGAAGAAGGGCAAAAGCACUGGCGCGUUGGUCGGCGCGAAGCACAUAUCGCAGCGGUCAUGCGAAGGUACUACAUAACUGAGAUGGAGACAUAUCACAGGGUCAGAGCUCUCCAAGGUGCAUACGUCCCUCGGUGUUUUGGCAGUGUUCAUUUGUCAUGGGACUGUCGGAUGUACCGGGACAUACUAUGA